UUUUUGUUUAGACUCUUUCAGAAUAAAUACUGAAAAUGUCUGGUCGGGGUAAGGGAGCCGGUAAGGCCAGAGCUAAGGCUAAAAGCCGCUCAUCUCGUGCCGGGCUUCAGUUCCCCGUCGGCCGUGUUCACAGGCUGCUGAGGAAGGGUAACUACGCCCAGCGAGUCGGUGCCGGAGCUCCGGUGUAUCUGGCGGCGGUGCUGGAGUACCUGACCGCUGAGAUCCUGGAGCUGGCCGGCAACGCCGCCCGCGACAACAAGAAGACCAGGAUCAUCCCCCGACACCUGCAGCUCGCCGUCCGCAACGACGAGGAGCUCAACAAGCUGCUGGGCGGAGUCACCAUCGCUCAGGGCGGCGUGCUGCCCAACAUCCAGGCGGUGCUGCUGCCCAAGAAGACCGAGAAGCCCGCCAAGAAGUAAACCCCCGGCCCCCUUUCACAAACACAACGGCUCUUUUAAGAGCCACGCACCAAACUACAGAGCCACUUCCUCUAAUGGCUUGUUGCACAGAGCUCAAGUGGUCUGGACCAUCUUGAAAGUGCUCUGUAUUUUGAUAUAAACUACAAAGACAGGAGUCUUUGUAAUCCUGUAUUUGUAAAGAUCUGGAAAACCAGAUGUACCAUGAUAAAUUAAUCUAUUGCUUGGCCCUUCAUAUUAUCAACACUCUGUAUUACGUUUAAUAUUCAUGUAUGAAUUGUAUUAAAUUGUUUUUGUAAA